AUGCAUGCUCCGUACAAUGCAUCCCUCGCAGGACAACAAGCCGGCAUGAACACGACCAGCACUCAUGAAGCACAUUCUCCUAACCUUGUAGCCGACAUAUCAUGGGAGCAAGAUGCAACAGAAGUAACGCUCGAAAUACCACCUAUAUUGGCUUCAUCCGGCCAGGCAAAAAUGCCUCUAACGGAUAUGAUGUCUGGGCCAACGAAUCUGGACACGUUAUAUUAUGGACCGCUUCGAUUUGGAACGCCGCCGCAAGAGCUGACUGUUGAUGUCGAUACAGGCUCCGCUGAUCUUUGGGUUCCGUCUGGAUGUGCCGCCUGUUCAAACAAGCAAUUCAAUAAGCAAUCGAGUUCUACGUAUUCUGAGAGUGGAUCGACGUUCGAUGGAUCAGGAGGCGUUUCCGCCGUGUUAUCAACAGACGUUGUCACACUCCAGGGACUUUCUAUACAUAACCAAUCCUUUGGUACAGUGACUCGGGAAUCGGACGACUUCAACUCGUAUCCAAAUAGUGGUCUCCUUGGGAUGGCAUUUGGUUCUAUUGCGGCCUCCGGAAAGCCGACAUUUUUUGAGAAUUUGAUCAAUGAGAAGCAGCUGGCUGCACCUAUAUUUUCUGUUCACCUGGAAAGAGGUGAAGAAAAUGGAUCCGAGAUUUGUUUUGGAUGUGUAAAUGACGACAAGAUGAUUGGAAAAGUCCACUGGAUCCCUGUGGUGUCCAAGACAUACUGGUCUGUAGCUUUGGAACGCGUGUCGGCGACACCAACAGCCGUCAUAGACUCACCCGGCGUUGUUGCUGCUAUAGAUACAGGUACAACUCUGAUCUAUUUACCACGGAAUAUUGCAACAGAGUUAUAUGGCCUGAUUCCUGCUUCCAAGCCGGCGCCUCAAUAUGGACCAGGUAAAACUAUUACUUGA